AUGACCAGCCCGUACACCUUCUCAGGUAAGCAAAUACCUGCGCCGCCUGUUGCCCAUGGGCUUAAUUCCAACAUUCCAGAAAACAAACAAAUGCCCAUGCAGAUGUACGGCCAAAAGACGCUUCUGUAUCCCAGCGGAAACAACCAAGUAUUCAGCAAUGCGCCGAGCCACAUUUCCUCUGUCACGAGACUCGUGCCCAACAUGAUGCCGACUCCACUUAAGUUGGUUGAUAUUGCUCAGCAGAAGCCGUUAUUGCAGGAAGCAGGCCAGCACGGCCAGCCGCUGCAGGCUUUGAGCCACGACAAUAUGAGCCUGCAAAACCAAGACCCAAACGUGCUUUCGGGCCAGAGUGGUAACGCAAAUUCCAACCAGAACCAACUUUCGAACACAAACCCAAUCCAGAACCAGCAAAGUCACGUGGCACAAGAGCAAACCCUGGUCCGGUACCAGAACUCUCCCAGCCAGGCCUUUGUGCUUCCUCGAGGUCAGUUUGACCAGAGAAACCAGUAUGAGCAAAUGCAGAGGGGCCAGUUUGAGCAGAGAAAUCAGUUUGAUCAGAGGAACCAGUUUGAGCAGAGGAACCAGUUUGACCAAAGAGGUCAAUUUGACCAAAGAGGCCAGUUUGACCAGAGGGGCCAACUAGGUCAGUUCGACCAGAGGUUCGACCAUAGAUUUGAACAGAGAGGCCAGUUUGAAAGACCACACAACCGCGACGAGCUGAUACAAAAUCACCAAUUCGGCGUGGCAUAUUCGCAUCCGGAGGAACACUAUGACCACGCAGACUUCAGAUACCACCAGGAUGGCAGAAUGGUGCAGAACAGCUACAGCACACAGAAGAACGGCGCAUUCAACUACAUUGGCCACGGGAUCGGCAUGCAGCCCCAGGGUCCUGUGAACUCGAUGUAUUCUCAACAGCAAACAGAAUUUACAAAGCCAACCAAGAGUCCUGCGCAGCAGACUCCGUACGGAAGCAGUACGCUGACACCCAUAAGCGAAGUGGCACAACAGUCAGGUGCUCUCGAGCAAGAAAAGCAACGACAGUCAGCGUCGCUGUCUGUAUCUUUGUCCAGCGGGCACGAGGAAACACCGUCCUCUGGGACAAGUGCUGCCGCCACAACCAUUAAAACAAAGUUUGUGUCUGCCAUCGAAGGCGACGGCACAAAGCGAAAGCGGGGUCGACCAAAGAAGUUUAUCUUGGAUCCGUCCACAAACCAGUAUAUUGACUCGUCGCACGAGAAUUACAAGCGUCUUAAUAGGCUUCACAAGGAGAGCAUAGAAGCUGCCGGAGAGAGAAACACGCCCAAAGAUUCCGCGAGAGACUUUAUUGCCAAGGGCACAAACCUCGGCUCGUUGAACGACCAGGCCGUUAAGCAAUUGCUUGAGAAAAAAGACCGCCGAGGGCGCCCACGUAAGUUCCCAAUCGAACAAACGGGGGUGACAAUCAAGGGAGUUCGUGUGAAUGGGUCACUAAAGCGACGCAAACCCCUGAGCCCUAGUCUAGAUGCCGACGGCAACAAGAGGAAAAGAGGAAGACCUAAGAGAGAACCGGAAACACCAGAGUUAAAAUAG